UUUUGGCUCUAGCAUCAGGUUCGCGCACAGUCGGUCCUGUGGACAAGCACCAAUUUCUUCUAAUAAUUUCUUAUUAUAAGUUAUUAUACCCCCGCGUCUGAAGAGAUGUUCGGAGUCUUGCGGCGGCCAGCCGUUCCUUUGGUCCUUUUUAAGUGUUGUUUAUGCUCAUGGAGGUUGGUGAUCGGCAAAACAAUCGUUCGUCACGUCUUCCACCUCUCUGAAUUCUUCGCCGACCCGGAUGGUAUCGAGGUCCUGGUUGCAGGCAUCAACCAGGAGGUGAACGCACCGACGAUCGAGGUUCACCGGGGUGACCAGUUGCAGAUCGAGGUCCAGAACGGGCUCCAUGUACCGAUCAGUUUCCACAUGCAUGGCCUCGAGUACAGGAGCGAACCUUUUAUGGACGGCGUAGCAGGCCUGACGCAGUGUGCGAUCGCGCCGAAUCACACUUUCCUGUAUGACUUCAGCGUGCAAGAUUAUCCUGGCACCUAUUGGUACCAUCCGCACACAGACUUGUCGCACCUCAGCUCCAUUGAUUCGAUGAAAGGCGUGCUCAUUGUCCACCCACCUCUGGGGUCGAACGAGCUGCACCACGAUCUCUACCACGAGGAGAUGGUGCUGUUCUACACCGACUGGUGGCACCAAAGCCAGCACGAGUUGUACAUGGGGCGCCUGGGUGGCCAGCUCGGGCCAGUGACCACUGAUGCCGAUGGGAUACGUGUUGGGACGUUCCCCUACCAGGGCAUGCUCCUGAACGGGCGGGGUGGUGCAUCAGUGGCCCCCCUCGCCAUGCAGCCUGGGAGCCGCUACCGCCUUCGGGUCAUCAAUGGUGGGUGGGUGUUCCCGAUCGAAUUCUCAGUCGACGGCCACGCCCUGCUUGUCAUCCAGACCGACGGGGCCGACACCGAGCCCCUGGAGGUGGACAGCAUCCAGAUCAGCAAUGGGGAGCGCUACGACGUCGUCCUCGUCCGGCGGAGUGAGGCCUGCGCAUCCCGAACGAGCUUCUGGGUCCGCGCCGCGGCCCUCGGCGCGAUGCCGCAGGGGGGCCUCUCGACCGCGCUCCACCUGGGCGAGGCGGGGCCGCCCGAGGAGUGCCCUCAUCAGAACCCAAAGACGCUGAACUGCGUGUGGGACCGCAGCCGGCCUCGCAGCGGGUGUUUGCUUUUGACUGCGUUGCGGAGGCAUGCGCGUGCUGGAGAGACCUACGGUUGGGACCAUGGUGCUGCUGGAGAGGUCGUCGUCGUCGUCUUCGUCGCCGUCGCUGUCGCCGUCGCGCCGCCGUCGCCGUCGCCGCUGCCGCCGUCGCCGCCGUUGCCGCCGCCGCCGUCUUUGUCGCUGCCGCCAGCAGGGGGAUAUCGUGAUGCACACCAUCGAUGCAAGGUUCACCUCACCACCGAACUUCGGCCACUUUGUGAAGCUUGACGGGGCAGACCAGACAGGCGAUGCGUGGACGGCAGAUGAGUUUUUCUCGGGCCAAUGGGUCCAGGGAGCCUUGCCCAAUCUGCCCCCCAUGAUUCAUGGUGAGGACCACCUGACGCCAGCCACGGUCACGCUUACCGCGGUGAGCGGCACGAUCGUGGAGUUGCUACUCAGGAAUGUCGACAAGUACGCACACCCAUGGCACAUGCAUGGCCACAAGUUCGUGGUCAUGGAGCAGGCCGCUGUGGACUUCGCAUCGUGUUCCAUCAUGUAUUGCUUCGAGGGCAUACCCGGGAAUUCCAGGUCCUCCGCCGCGCAUGCGCAGACGGCGGUGCUCAAGGACACAGUGACGAUCCCGGCAGGUGGCUGGUUGCGACUCAGAUUCCAGGCUGACAACCCAGGCUGGUGGAUCUUCCACUGCCACAUCCACAUGCACCUCUCCGACGGCAUGGGCUUGGUCAUCUAUGAGCCUGGGCCCGUCGGGUACGAGUUUCCCGAACCACCGUCCGACCUUCUGACUUGCGCCCCGUCGCCUGAGCCCACUACCUGCACGUGUUUCGAAGACAGCGACGCCGUCAUGGGCACGUCGCCACUGUCUUCGUACACUUGCUCGCGAAAGUGGCUCUGCGCUGGCGACUCCAGUCUGUUCCUCGGCUUGCCCAGCACCACGCAGUCACGGUCGCGCGACCUCGCUGCUGGGCGUGCUUGGCGCUAUUCGGUGGCCGUUGUGUGGUUGCUGCUGCUGCUGUUCGGUGGCAUCAU